GUGAACACAACUGUACAUGCACACAACCGUGGCUUUGCUUUGUGGCUCAGUCUUUGGUCUAACCACCUCAGUUAAAGACAAACUGUGAAAAUACCUCUGAGGAUUGUGAAAAGGUGGUUAUCGUCCCAUGAUAAAGAUGGCGACCAGUGUGACUGCAGAGUCAGUUUGGAGUUCCAUCAUCCAGGGUCACCUGGAAUGCUCCAUCUGCCACACGCGUUACCAAGAACCCAAGAUGUUGCAUUGCUCACACAGCUUCUGCCUGAAAUGCCUCCAAGAACUCAAGCAGAGCCAACAUCCCAAUAAUGACAAGGUAACAUGUCCACUGUGCAAGAGAGAAACCAACUUACCUGAAGGUGGAGUGGAUAAGUUGAACACCAACUACACUCUAAUUUCCCUGGUGGAGGAAGUCACAAAGCAGGAACAGCUCUUGAAAUCUGAGAGGUCCAUAGUGGUCAUAUGUCAAUCAUGUGAUGAGGAGAAUGAGGCAAUGGCUCACUGCAUGGAUUGUGAGCAUGAUUUGUGUCAGGAGUGUCAAAUGGCACAUCAACGGUUGGCUGCUUUAAAACAUCACACAAUUACUCCAAUUUCUGAGUUAAAGGAAUCUGCCUCCAACACAGUGCAUUGGAAGGAUGACUCGAAGUGUAAAAUCCAUCCAAAUAAAGAACUGUGCUUCUACUGCCAUACUUGUGAAAUGUUGAUUUGUAAAGAGUGUACAUCCUUAAGUCACAAGGACCCCACCCACAUGUUUGUUGAUUUGAAAGAAGCUGUUGACACCUGUCUACAGGAUGCCCAAGAAAAAAGAGAGAACUACAGAGUAAAUGCCCAUAUGAACAUCGUGACUGGUUGGAAGUCAUUAAGAGACAGACUAGGAAUCAUGCUAGAGGAAACAAAUGAUCUCAUUUCCCAAUUUGUAGAAAAGAAGACAAGGCAAAUAAAACAAGAGGAAAAGCAACUCAAACAGAUGGCUCAGGUAAUAUACAGAAAGAAAGCCAAAAAAAUUGCUGAGAUGGAGGUAGCAGAGCAGACGUUGAAGAUGGUUGACAGAAAGAUGACUGAUGCAAAGCGCCGAAAAAUCUUGAAGUUCAGGGAAGAACUCCUCCAUGACUUAAAAGGUGUCAAAACAACUGAACAGUUAUCUCGCCAACUCUCAUUCAUAAGUUUCAAAGAGAACAGUGUGGUUAACCUUGGAACUCUCCUGGAAGAAGAGCAGUGGCAAUUGUUCAGCAAAUCAGAGAUCAAAGGGCACUUCAUUGCAGCUUUCUCUACAGGUGACAUGGUGAUCGCCAACACACAAAUGAACCAAAUAACUAGACUUAGUCCUGAUAGCAAGAUUGUUCAUGUGUUCAAAAUAAAUCCACACAUUGCUAUUGCCGUCAACAAGGAUGACCAUCUAAUUGUCCUCUUUAAUGAGGCUCAAGCUGAGAUCAAGAUUCUUAACAAGGAGUACAAGGUGCUAAAUUGCUUCUUACCAGGUGAAGAGGCAGACAUUGACAGCACACCAACAUGUCUUGCUGUGGAUGACAACAAUCUGAUAGCAGUGGGCUACAAGGACAAGGAACAAAUCUCUCUCCACAACCCAGACGGAUCCAUCAUCAGGACACUGCCUGCUCCAAUGAUUGACAGUUACAUGACCAUCAGCAACCAACAGAUCAUUUAUACCAACAGCAACAAGAAACAGCUAAUAAGUGUUGAUUAUGAAGGUAAAAAGAAGUUUCAAGUUAACAUUAGAAAUGUUAGUGAUCCCAACUGUCCUUAUGGGGUGUGCUGUGACAAAGCAGGUGAUAUCUACACAGUUGUAUCUUUGAAAUCUAGUUCAUCACAACCAACCCACUGCAGAGCUGGUACUUGGUACUAUGACAGCGAGUAUUACUCUUACAAAGCUGCAGUUGACUGCUACAGCCCAAAUGGUAAACUUCUCCGAUCUAUCUCCACAGACGAGAUGGCAAACAAUUCAAGAGAAAUCAUGUACACUCCUGAUGGAAAACUAGUCACGACUGGUGAAGAGUCUACAGUAACAUAUCACAGAGUGUGAACUUGAACAGUCAUGGUGAGGGUGAUUUGGGGUAUUCAAGCAGCCUACUUUAUGACAACCUCUUCCCCCACAAUUCAGUGGAUACAGCAGCAAACCAUUGCAGCUAAUAGCAAGGCUUGUCCUCACAUUUGCCAAUGAAAAGCAGGAACA